AUGAGACUGCGGUCGAACCACGUUCUUCCGCCAAUUUCGGAGUACGUCCCACGCCGCCGGCGCACAACGCGGAGUGCGUCGGCACAAGCUGGGACGGAGUCCGCAACAGAAACUGCGCCUGAGGUUGCGCAAGAGACUGUGCCAGAGAGCCAGUCCGCAUCAGAUGUUGCCGAGCAGUCUGCCGCAGAGAGGCCCGCUCCAAAGCGGAAGCCAGCCAAGAGAGCCGGUCGGAAGAAGAAGGCCGCGGCAAAGGGCAAGAAGGCCGCUGCUCCCACCGCGGAGCCCGAAGCCGAGCCCCAGGAAGACCCCGUUACGCUCAUUCCAUCCGUGGAGCAACCUGACGCCCGUACUUGCCCCCCCAAGCCCAAGGAUCCCCCGCGCAUGUACAGAGGACGCGUCAUGACAGCCUUUCGAUGGGGCAGUGCCCGCGACCUCCUGCGAAAAGAGCAAGAUCCUGAGCCAACUCCCUCCCCUCCGCAAACACCUGUGACGCACUAUGCCUGGCCGCCCGGAAUAACUUAUGACAAGCGUCGCCGAAUCCCCUGGUCACUUCCCUGGUCCCCACCAUCUCCCUGGAGAAACUGGCCUCGCAGACUUGCCAUCUUUAAUACCCCGGAUGAAUCCGUGCUGACCCCCGCGGAAGAACCAACUAGGAAACGGAACCGAUCGUCCGAAGACGACCCCUCGUCGUCGAAACGUCACAAGCUAGCACUUCAAACCCCACCCCGCUUCGAAAAUCGUCCUCGUGGUAGCUCUCGCAGGACGUAUGCGGACCGCGCGCGGCGACGCGAAGCGGAAAGGGAUGGACGAAUCGAUCGUACCAUUUAUCGUUUCCCCCAACUCUUGGCUCAGCAGGGAGAAGAUGCGAGGUCUGGCAAUUCGACUGCGCUGGCCUCAGAUGCAAGCGAAGAGCCCGCAUCCCGUGGUAAUCGUAUUGUUCCGUUCUCUUCAUUGCCUUCCGCACUUCCACAAGAUCAGAACCAAAACCAGAACCAGAACCAGAACCAGAACCAGAACCAGAACCGGCCUGGUUGGCGAGAAUGGAUAUUCAACUCAGUGACUGGUCUUUGGGGACGAGGCAAUGUGCCUCAAACUGCACAGGUCCCGCAAGUGGCCGAGCCUCAACGUCCAACUGGAAAUGAACCUUCAUCCUCCGUCGCAACACCCUCCUCAGCUCCCCUUCCUCUGUUAAACCUCGAAUCUCCUACUCCGCGCCCGCGCGUUGCAGAGCCGCAAACCUCAAACUCGCGUCUGACAGCCAGCGCACGCGCUUCCCAAGCCGGGAAAAGAAAGAAAUACUCCUAUGAUUUGGAUCCACAGGGUUUCGACCCAGAACUGCUCGCGCGCAUGCGUGCCAGGAAGUCGAACCCCGCAGCCCUCCAACCACCUUCAACUUCGCCAGAGCGGCUUGAUACACUCUCCGAGAACGAAUCGAAGAAGCGCAAGCGAGAACCGUCGCCUGAUGUUAUUCCACACCCUCCAGGAUGUAGUUAUGGGUUUGACCCACAGUACUUCAUCUACGAUGUCGACGACGAGGACUUGCCCGCAGGAGAGCAGGGAGGCCAAGAUACCACGCCCAAACGAGUUACAGUCUGCGAUGCAUCGGAAGAGGAGCAUGUCUCCAAGCGUGCGCGCCAAGAUACUACGCCAAAACGAGCCACUGGCAGCGAUGCAGCGGAAGAGGAGCCUAUCUCCAAGCAUGCCGUCUCCGACAAUACCCACCUGCAAAACUUGAACCGUCAGGGCCCAUCAAAGCCCAUGGAGGAUUCCAGUGAAGAACUUCGAAAGGCCCGUCAGCUUGCUGAGCAGUACAAGCCGAAGACCCCCAGUCGUCUUCGAGCGGCCCUUCGCUUCGAAAGUAGCUGGAGCUCGUUUGUUGACGAGGAAGCUGACCAGAAUGCUGUGCGUCGCCGCAAGAUGAGAAAGACAUCAAUGGCCACGGCAUGCCCUACCGGCGAUCUGAACGAGGUCCUCUGGCCAGAGCAAGAAACUUGGGUUGAGCGCUUUGACUGGCACGACCGCAACUUUGCCAAAUAUCAGAAUAGGGCAGUUCCCACGUGGUACGGCGGAAGGGAGAGAUAUUUUGAUCUCAACCAUGAGGAUUUCAUGAACAAGCUUGCUGCUCGGCGUGCUGCUUGA